AUGUUGGCCCACUUCCUGUCCACCAGUAAGUCCUUGUCCUUUGCGUGUUGUUUUGCACGGUUCUACUUCUUCUUCUCUUUUGGAUGUGAUGAAGGCUUCUUCCUUUGCAUCAUGGCCUUUGACAGGCAAUUUGCCAUCUGCCAUCCUCUGCAUUACCCAUGCAUCAUGACUAAACAGCUGUACACUGGCCUUGUCAUCUUUGGAUGGUCAUGUGGGUUCAUCCUCUUCCUAACCCCACUUGUUCUCAUUUCACAGUUGCCCUAUUGUGGUCCAAAUAUCAUCAAACAUUUUGUGUGUGAUCCUGUGCCAUUGAUGAUGCUGUCCUGUUCUGAAGACACCAUCACUCAGCUCACUUACUCUACUUUCAAAGCUAUUUUCAUGAUUGGCACCUUUCUCUUCAUCCUCUGCUCCUAUGCUCUGGUGAUUCUGGCUGUGCUAUGGAUGCCCUCAGAGGCUGGCAAACACAAAACUUUCUCCACUUGUGCUUCUCAUCUGGCAUUUGUCACUUUGUUUUAUGGCUCCGUUUUGGUAAUAUAUGUUAGUCCUAUAUCAGGACACCCAGAGAAAAUGCAGAAAUUCAUCACCUUAUUUUAUUCUGUGAGAACACCUCUAUGCAGUCCUCUAAUAUGUAGCCUCAGGAACAAGGAGAUGAAGCCUGCUCUGAGGAGAAUGUUCAGGAGUGAACAAUGUGUUCAUAAAAUAUAA